ACAAACAAACCUACUUACACAGCAGGAAGGGGCUCACCUAGUACUCCCAUGCCAAAUGCAAAAGGACUUUUUCUGCAGUUGGUGUGGAUCCUGCCAUCAUGGGUGUUGGCUCAAUUAUUGCAAUUCCAGCUGCAGGUCUUGAACUUGAUGAUAUUGAUGUUUUGGAGAUAAAUGAGGCAUUUGCAUCUCAGUUUGUGUAUUGCCACAAGAAGCUGGAUCUUGAUCUAGAAAAGAUUAAUGUCAAUAGAGGUGCAAUGGCAAUUGGGCAUUUAGCCAAAUGGAAAGAUGACAUAGUUUUCUUUGAAUCAUUCCAAUUGGGUAGAGAGAAUGUACAAUCUCUUGCAUCACUUGAUAUAUUGCAAUCUUUUUCUACAUCUGAAGAAGUUUAUGAAUCUGUUGAUAUGAAAGUUGUUCUAGGUGUUGUUUUCACUCGAGGACCGGUUUUAGCUGUGCUAAUUCUUCUGAAAUCUAAGGGUGAGACUUAUGUUGUUCUUAUUGAACAGAUUUCAUUUUUGUCUAAGGCUAAAGUCCCAACUGGGCGGGUUGUUCUAGAAUUGCCUGUUGGAAUGUUGGAUGAUGACCAAGGUGAUUUUGUUAGCACGACAGUUUGUGAGAUUUGUAAAGGGAAGAAAGCUUGACCAUGGGGACUGGAUUUGACAUUGAAGAUGAUGAUCUUCUUGAGAUGGAGUAGUGCAAUGGAGUGGUUGUUGGAUCAGCUAUUUUUGGUAUUGAAUUUGUAAAUUGUUUCUUCAAUUGUUAUGUUUUAAGGUGGGAAAAUGCUUAUUAAAUAAUUAAAUAAAUUCCAUUUUACAUC